GCAGUGGUGAGCCCACGUAAGCACCACCGCGCCGUUCGUUGUGGCUGCACCCUCCUUCUCCCUUCCCUCUCCCCUUCCUUCAUUAUUUAUCAAUUUGUGAGAGGCGAAAGCGCAUGCAACUCAGUACGCCCAUCGAUUUCCUCUUCUGUUGGAUUGGUCCUGGGGUACCCUUUUUCAAGGUUGUAUUCGAAGCCCUCCUGUGUUGUUAAGUUCUUCCUUCAUUAUUGUUAGUUCAUAACUCCCCUUUUGGUCUAGUUGAUUUAAGAUUUUUUCUCCCUUUUUUGAGAAUAACAGCGGGAGUCGGUCGCUUUCUCUGUGUGUGUCUGACGGUUUCUUUUUUAGGCUUCUGUACUUUUUCUUUGUUUUCGUCUUUCCUGCUGUGGCUCGAGUCCACACGACCAGCUAUUUUGUUUUUGUUUUUCUACACUGGUUUGUUUGUUCAUCGUUUCGUUAGGUGGGGUGCUUGCCGCUUUCAUCGCUUGCCUUCAUAGCGCUGCGCUGCGUGGUGCACCGUAAGUGCUCUUGUUGUCUUGUUAUUGCGCAUUAGCCAACUGUACUGUAAAUCGAUCGGGCAACCGUUUGCCUAGCUGGGUGACUCGUCCACCUACACACCAAAAACAAUAUAUCGCGAGCAGCGUUAAUAAGAGGGACAGAAAUGUCGACCCACAGGAAAGCCUAUCAGAGGGCACCCUCCUCCGAAGAGCCACAGGCGCCGCCGUCGCGGAUGCGCAAGGCGAAGGAGACGCCGCUGCCGCUGUCGCAGAUGAUUCCCAUGACGAUCGUUAUCAUGAACGAGAGCAUUUGUGGGACGAUGCUGAUGCCUUUCGUGGGACCAUUUGUAGCUUUCCUUCAAGGUGUCCCUGUGAACGAGGCCGGUUACUACUCAGGUGUUCUCAUUGGUGUUUUCAUGUUAGGACAGGUUGUGAGCGCGAAGACGUGGGGCCGCAUCAGCGACAAGUACGGUCGGCGCUUCCCCAUCAUCAGCGGCCUCUUCACGAGCGGGCUGAUGAUGCUGGGCUUUGGUCUCAGCACCAAUGUGUGGGUGUGUGCCGUAUUCCGUUUUUUUCAGGGUCUGUUCAACGGCAACGUGCUCGUGGCGAAGACGAUGAUGGCAGACAUCACGGACAAGACGAACCAAGCCGGCGGCUUCUCCUUCAUGAGUCUGUGUAGUGCUUUUGGAUUUCUUAUAGGACCUACCCUUGGUGGUCUUCUCUACGAUCCCGCCCACUCGAAAGGGCUUGCAUGGGCCAAGGUUGACGAAAAGGGUUUCUUCGGCACACAUCCUGCGUUUCUUACCAGUUUAGUGGUCUUCAUCUACACGAACAUCGGCAUGCUUGUGUGCACGUUUCUUGUGAAGGAGUCCAACCCGCACGCGCAGCCUCUUCCUGGCUUUAUUCGGCUGGUGUACCCGUGCCUGUGGUACAAGUCGGAGCCUUUUGUGUUACCCCCCAUUCAGUACGAGGACGAGAGUGAGGAGGAGGCCGAUGUGAGCGCGGCGACAGACGGGAGUAACUCAGAAAAUCGUUUGUCAGAUCAUACGGAUAUCGCGAGUCAGGGCAGCGCAGAUAGGGGCGGUUACAAGGGUAGCCGUGAGGGACGCGACUCUGACACGGCCCUCUCCCUCCCACGGGAAGCAGUGGUUUUGACGGCGAGUGACGUGACAUGCAUGUCGCCGGUGUACUCCCCCGUAGAGAAGGACGGUCCGCUCCGCGGUGGCUUCGACGUGGCACAGGAAAUGUCUGUUGUAGCAGAAAAGCCCUCUACGGCCAAUGCUGCGACUGCGUCAAUCGCGGGACAGCAGAAAGGGGCACCGUGCCACGAGCUGAGCCCCACCUCUGCGGCAGAGAAACCGGUGCGCGCAAGGGACGACGCCGAAGACGGCGCUGAUGAGACAGUGGUGGCGGUGGAGGUGUGGAGUGGCGCUCGCGGCGCGAAUGGCGAGGCGGCAAGCUCCCUUGCAAUCCGCCCAGAUACCGACGAUAAUGCCGGCAACGGCAGUAGUCAUUCGACGGUGACCAGUGAAGCAGUGGUGACGAAGUUUGGCUACCGUGAGGCGUUCGCCUGCACCUACACGCGUUUUAUGCUUUCGCAAUACAUGGUUCUUUCCGCGACGGACAUGAUCGCACGUGAUUGCUUCCCGCUAUGGGCAGUGGCGACCACUUCUGUCGGAGGGCUGGGCCUGACCUCCGGCCAGGUGAGCUACAUCCUUCUGGCGAACAGCGCACCGUGCCUGAUGGCGAACCUGCUCUUCCGUAUUGUGGAGCGCUACUUUACAGACAAAAUGGGACUCUUCCGUGUGGGCGUCGUCGGCGCCGGCACGGUGGUGAUACUGCUGCCGUUCAACUCGUCCUUGGGCUCUUCCUUCUGGGUGUACCUUCUCGUGUUCCUCUGCACGGCCGGGCGACAGAUGUUCUGCUCUUGGUGCUACAGCCUCAACACAAUGUUGACGGCUCGUUCUGCCCCUCCCGGUCACGUGGGCUCGAUCAUGGGCAUCAACCAGUCUUGCGGUUCCUUGGUGCGCGGUAUCGUACCGUUUGCGGCAGCCCCGGUGUUUGCCUGGUCCAUUUCAGGCGAUCACGCUUAUCCGUUCAACCACGCACUCGUGUUUUUCAUCUCGUCACUGAUGUUCUACUGGUGCUGGUGGCGCUCCUACAGUAUUCGCACUGACAUGGAUGGCAACUUGCAAAUGGUAGAGUAG